AUGCUUCUGGACCCUCGCGACGAACCAAUCGUGCAUCUCCUGUGCAAUCAGUUGCAGCUCGUCAUUCCGUCAGUUGUGCUCUUAUUUGCAUUCAAUCGGAGCCACUGGCUUGGGAUGUUGUAUCUUGCAUUCAACUACGGCUUAUUUCUCCAGCGAUUCAUGCUCACGCUUCACUUCACCGAACAUAGAUCGCUGUUUAAGCAAAGGUUCGGCUUCCUAAAUCUACUGAUACCGUACAUCCUAUGCAACUUCUAUGGCGUUCCUGGCGGGUUUUACCGUCUUCACCACGUCGUUAUGCACCAUGUGGAAGGCAAUGCAAGCCCUGGGGACUUGACCUCCACAGAGGCUGUGCAGCGAGACUCGGUGUGGCAGUUCAUAAGGUACUGGGUCCGCUUCUGGCUCUGCACAUGGUUUGAGCUGCCCGCAUAUGCAGCAUGGAAAGGUCGCCAUGGUCAGGCCAACGUUUGCGCCGCGUCUGCUGUUGUAUACUGGAUUGCACUGGCGGGCCUUUGGCGGUUAAAUUCGGUCGCCACGCUUUGGUCUCUAGUGGUGCCUUUCUUCGUCUCCACGUUUGCACUAAUGUUCGGGAACUGGAGCCAACACAUAUUUGUCGACCCCGAUGACCCGCGCAAUUCAUAUCGCAGCACGUACAACUGCCUGGCGUGCCCAGACAAUUGCCGUACCUACAACGAUGGCUACCACAUUAUUCACCACCUCAACUCGCGGCUGCACUGGUCAGAGCUGCCGAAGCGUUUCAUCGCGACCAUGAGCGCUCAUGACGAGAAUGAUGCCCUUGUGUUCCGCGGCAUCGGGUUCUUCGACGUUGGCUUCAUGGUCUUCACGAAACAGCUGGACAAGUUAGCAACCUAUAUCGUGCCAUGUGGGCCCAACCAAGCGAAAAGGAGCCAUGAGGAAUGGGUAGCUUUAUUGCGGCAUAGAUUGCGACCAGCUAGCAAGCCUGAGGCAUGUUGCGGUGCACGCGCCCAAACCACGGUUUCAUAGAGGUCACGAGGUUGCAGCAAAGACUUCCUUGGAACGAUGCGUUGGGGAAUAUGAAGGGAGUUAACAACAAUGGUGCAUGACAGCGGACCAGGACUCGAGGGUUCAUCGAUAACAACAUAUGUGUUACGCAUGACGGCCAUAACAGCACUUUAUCCCUUGGAGCCGUAGGCCUUAAUGGCCGUCUAUAUCCCUUACAGCCACUGCUCAAAAGCAACACUUCAGCCCGUUUUCCAAUCAUGCCGAAAACGUCCAUUGCCAUGUGCUUCCUGAUGUCGUUACCGAUCAUCAUUUCAUCGCUCGCAUG